AUGUCAUCCAUCCUGAACAGCCUCCUCCACGCUACCAACUACAGAAAUCCAUUCCUACGCACUCUGGUCCCCUCCAUCGGUCUAGCAUUCGGACUGCAAGCAGCAACAGCAGUGCCCUCGAUCCUGUUCCAGACCGAGCGUUUCUACGACCUCUCGGGCUCCAUCACCUACAUCUCCUGCGCAGCCCUCUCCCUCUACCUCCCCACCAUCCGUGCCCGUCUCGCAGCUGGUGCAGGCAAUGGACCCGCAUGGCCAAGUCUUCUUGCCAGUCUAACCUCCAAGGGCGGCGUCAACGCCUGGAACUGGCGACAGGUCGUGCUCAGCGCAGCGGUGACCAUCUGGGCGACACGGCUGGGUAGCUUUCUCUUCAGCAGAAUCACCGCAGAGGAUGGGAAGGACAGCAGAUUCGACAACAUUCGAGAGAAGCCACCAAAGCUCUUGGUAGCGUUCGUUGCGCAGGCAGCAUGGGUCUCGCUCUGUCUUAUGCCAGUCCUCGCCAUCAACAGCAUCCCGUCAGCAACUCUGGCUGCGUUGCCAUUUGUGACCAUUACAGAUGUCAUUGGCGUGCUCCUGUACGUUGGUGGUAUCACCUUUGAGGCUACGGCAGAUCGACAGAAGAGUCAGUGGAUGAAGGAGAAGAAAGAGAAGAAACACAGCGAAGACUUCUUGACCAGAGGUCUGUGGAGCAAGAGCCGUCACCCGAACUACUUUGGAGAGUCCACCUUAUGGACUGGUAUUGCUACCACCGCAGCGGGUGUGAUGAUGAGCAGCAUUGGACAGGCCGGUAUGGGCUUCAGUGGAAGUGGUACCGCGAGGAUCGGAGCUUUGGCAAUGGCUGCCGUCUCCCCAGCUUUCGUUACCUUCUUGCUCUUGAAGGUCUCCGGAAUCCCAAUGAGCGAGAACAAGUACGACAAGCGAUACGGCAACCGCAAAGACUAUCAGCAAUGGAAGAAGGAUACACCCAUGUUCAUCCCAAAGCUGUAG